AUUAGGUUGCCAACCACUGUUGCGACACAUCCAGUAGCAUCCAGUAGAAGGCUGCAAGAUAUUCACAGUAAAACGUGGAGGAAAUUACGCUGAGACAUUGACGCAGCAAUGGUCGCGUAAUCCACUCACGUUUUCGGUCACGUUCACGCGCAGAGAUUGCGAGCUCUUCAAGAGACGUGCGCGAGGAUGUCGCGUUCAAAGAGCGAGAAGAACGGUAACGGUGGUAAGUGCGAGGUUAGUGUGUGGACACGUGCAAUCACAGCCAACUCUGAAUGGCCCGAUAAGGAAGAAUUUCUUGAUGUGAUAUAUUGGGCGAGACAGGCGAUCGGCAUUAUCGUCGGUAUAGGAUGGGGCCUUAUACCUUUGAAAGGUUUUCUAGCUUUAUUGUUAUUUGUAUUAGUCAAUGCAGGAAUUACAUAUUUAUACUUUAGUAGUUUCCAACAAAUCGAUGAGGAGGAAUUUGGUGGUGUGUGGGAACUGACAAAGGAAGGAUUUAUGACUUCCUUUGCUGGAUUUCUGGUGACAUGGAUCAUUAUAUACUCUGGACUGCAUUUCGACUGAUUUACGUGCUUUAUCCGACGUUUGUUAUGCCGCUGCCUACGGAUUCGUACAUUGGCUCGGAUCCAUGUUUCACA